CAAUCCCCAAUGUCUAGGAUUGGGAUUGCUUGGAGAAGGAUUUUCAACUCUUAUUCGUCUACUGCAGGCGCAGAAAUUGAGUAUGAUUUGGGCCACAACCAUUCUGAGUUUGAAUUUGAUGAGAUCGGCAAUAAUGCAGCCAAAGUUUCAGAGAAAGAUACUGCCCUACGCUCAGCGCUCACUCAACUUGCCUGCGACAUUGGCACAGAAUCAAUGUUAUCCUUGCAACGAUUCUUCGGUGCUAGGCGCGCCCCUGUCAUAUCAACUGGAUCACUCAAGCUUGAUCAAGCUCUAGGGAUCGGUGGAUUACCAAAGGACGAGAAACAAGAGCAACCUCACUUUUCUUGGCAUUAUUGAUUUGGCGCAACUCGUGUGCCAACUCAUACUUUUUUUUACAAUCCGAGAAUAAAGACUUGCAUUUGAUGGAAGUUUGCUUGGUGAAGGGUCGAAUUGUUGAAAUAUUUGGGCGCGAAGCAUCGGGCAAGACCACUCUUGCUCUUCAUGUGAUCAAAGAGGCUCAAAAACUCGGAGGUUAUUGUGCAUAUCUUGAUGUGGAGAAUGCAAUGGAUCCCUUGCUUGCAGAAGCAAUAGGUGUAAAUACAGAUAAUCUUCUGAUUUCCCAGCCAGAUUCUGCGGAAAAUCUUCUGAGUGUAGUGGAUACUCUUACAAGAAGUGCAUCUGUAGAUGUCAUUGUUGUUGAUAGUGUGGCUGCUCUUAUUCCUCAACUUGAGAUUGAUUCUUGCAUUGGUGACUCCUACAAAGAUGUACAAUCCACAAUAAUGACGCGAGCACUACGUAAAAUUCAUUAUUCGCUCUGCAAUUCGAGCACUCUUAUUAUUUUUGUUAAUCAGGUGAGAUCGAAAGUGCAGCAAUCAUCUAAAGCCUUUGGGCGUGUGGAGGAAGUAACAUGUGGUGGAAAUGCAUUGCCAUUUUAUGCUGCCGUGCGUUUGAGAUUGAUCAGAAGAGAAUUGUUCAAAGCUAAUGACACGAUUACUGGCCUUGGGAUCUCAGUCCAAGUGGUGAAAAACAAACUGACUCACGGGGCAAUGGGAAACGCGGAACUAAGAAUAGAGUUUGGGGGAGGCAUUUGCAACGGGAUUGAGGAGGCAUUGGAAUUGGGGUGUGAAUAUGGUGUCAUUUUACAACAUGGUAAUGGGUUCUUCAUUGAAGGCCAAGUUUUGAACACCAAAGAAGAAGCAAAAGCCUAUCUGGCCGAAAAUGGCGCCGUUUUGGAUCAGGUCAUACAUUCCUUAAGAGCUCAGAUGUUCAGUAGAUGACUUUAAUGAACCCUUUAACAUCUCAAAAACAUCAUACUCAGCAUUGGAAUGGGAUAUUAUCAAAUGCUACCUCACCAUCUGUAAUUGUUUUAUUCUAUGUUUUCUUUUUGUUUUGGCAUUAGAAAGCAGGAAUUGUUGUUGUAGACAAGUCUUGACCUGAAAAGUGGUUAAGAUUAAAAUGAGGGUUGCCUG